AUGAAGCUGUCUAUCUUCCUUAGCAUCAUCCCUGCCAUCUUGGCUAGCCCCGUGGUCAAGCGUGCCGAGCCCGCGCCCGUCGUUGCUCCCCGCGACGCCAGCCGGCUCAUCCCGGGCAAGUAUAUUGUCAAGUUUAAGGAUGGUAUUUCGAUUGCCUCGGUCGACAGGACGAUUGAGGCCCUCUCUGCAAACGCCGACCACGUCUACAAGCACGCCUUCCGUGGCUUUGCUAGCCAACUGAGUGACAAGGACGUCCAGGCUCUCCGUAAUAACCCUGAUGUCGACUACCUUGAGCAAGAUGCCAUCAUCACCAUCAAUAGCGUCACUGAUCAGCAGGGUGCUGACUGGGGCCUCGCUCGUAUUUCUCACCGCGAGCCCGGCACUACCGACUACCUCUACGACGACACCGCCGGCGAGGGCGCCUGCGCCUACGUCAUUGACACUGGUGUCGACGACACGCACCCUGAAUUUGAAGGCCGAGCCCAAAUGCUUAAGAGCUUCAUCGAUGGCGAGACAACAGACGGCAACGGCCAUGGCACCCACUGCGCCGGCACCAUUGGCUCGCGCACCUACGGCGUAGCCAAAAAGACGAACAUCUACGGUGUCAAGGUUCUUUCUGAUGCGGGUAGCGGUGCUGUCUCCGGCGUCAUUGCUGGCAUGGACUUCGUGGCCAAGGACCACUCGUCGCGCAGCUGCCCCAAGGGCUCCGUCGCCAACAUGAGCUUAGGCGGCGGCUACUCUGCGUCAAUUAACCAGGCAGCUGCGGCCCUCGUUCAAUCGGGCGUAUUCCUUGCCGUUGCCGCCGGUAACGACAACUCGGACGCCUCCAAUACCUCACCCGCCUCUGAGCCGACUGUCUGCACCGUCGGCGCCUCCGACAUCUCAGACAACCGAUCCUCCUUUUCCAACUAUGGCGCGCCGGUCAAAAUUUUCGCUGCGGGCACCAAUAUCCUCUCGACCUGGCUGAACGGUGGAACUAACACCAUCUCUGGCACGUCCAUGGCCACUCCCCACAUCACCGGUCUCGGUGCCUACCUCGCUGCCCUUGAGGGCUUCAGCAGCCCUCAGGCUCUUUGCAGCCGCAUCCAGGAACUUGCCACCAAGAACGCCCUGUCCGGUGUCCCUGACGGCACCGUCAACCUUCUCGCUUUCAACGGAGCUAGCAAAUAA